GUGUGAAUGAAUGUGCACUCAACAACGGUGGUUGCUCCCACAUAUGCAAAGACCUGAAAAUUGGCUAUGAAUGUGAAUGUCCUCCUGGAUACAAGCUCCUGGACAAGAAAACAUGUGGAGACAUAGACGAAUGUGAGAAUCCUGAUGCCUGUAGCCAGAUCUGCAUUAACUACAAGGGAGACUAUAAAUGUGAAUGCUACAAGGGUUAUGAGAUGGACACCUUGUCCAAAAACUGCAAAGCUGUAGGGAAGAGCCCAUACUUGGUUUUCACAAACCGUCAUGAAGUACGCAAGAUCGACUUGGUGAAAAGGGACUACUCCCGCGUCAUCCCUAUGCUGAAGAACGUUGUCGCUUUGGACGUGGAGGUGGCAACAAAUAGGAUAUUCUGGUGUGAUUUAUUCUAUAGGAAGAUCUACAGUGCCUACAUAGACAAAGCCAGUGACACGGCAGAGCAUGUGGUGCUAAUAGACAGUCAACUGAAUUCUCCUGAAGGCCUGGCAAUAGAUUGGGUUCACAAGAACAUCUACUGGACGGAUUCAGGAAACAAGACCGUUUCUGUAGCCACGGCUGAUGGUACUAAGAGAAGGACACUUUUCAGUACUAAUUUAAGUGAGCCCAGAGCCAUUGCAGUGGAUCCAAUACAGGGAUUCAUAUAUUGGUCUGACUGGGGUGACAUAGCAAAAAUUGAAAAAUCUGGCUUGAAUGGUGUGGAUCGGCAAGUGCUUGUAAAAGAAAACAUUGAGUGGCCCAAUGGCAUCACCUUAGAUUUGUUGAAUCAGCGUCUCUACUGGGUAGACUCCAAGUUACACUUACUUUCAAGUGUAGAUUUCAAUGGCAGCAACAGGAAAGUCCUCAUCUCUUCUGCAAACUACUUGAGCCAUCCCUUUGGACUAGCAGUAUUUGAGGACAGGGUAUUCUGGACUGACCUUGAGAAUGAGGCAAUCUUCAGUGCCAACCGGUUGAAUGGGCUGGACAUCUCUAUUUUAGCAGAGAAUCUCAAUAACCCACAUGAUAUUGUAGUAUUUCAUGAAUUGAAACAGCCAAAAGCUCCGGACUCCUGUGAGCUCAGUUUUCUACCGAAUGGAGGCUGUGAAUACCUUUGUCUUCCUGCACCUCAGAUCUCUCCACAUUCCCCAAAGUAUACAUGUGCCUGCCCUGACAAUAUGUGGCUGGGUCCUGACAUGAAAAAGUGCUACAAAGAGCUUCCAACUACCUCAGCUACUGUGCCAGUUUCUACUCCAACUCACUUCCCCACUGUUACCAACCUUACAACUGCUUUUAUGACUACCACUACUACCACCAUUGUUACAACCAGCAACACCAGUAACGUGAGCACAGAAAGCCAAGAAUCACGCAUCUUUGUGGACACUACAAGUUUUCAUUCACCCACAACCACAACCAGCCUGACAAAGCCUAAGAUGACAACAACAGGAAACAGUAAUCUCUCCCAACACUAUGCUAAUGAUGGACAAGGUUUUGGAUCAACAGUUAUGGCCGCCAUUAUUGGAAUUGUUGUUCCUGUUGUGGUGAUUGGUUUGUUGUGCAUGGGAGGAUACCUCAUCUGGAGAAACUGGAAACGGAAAAACACAAAAAGCAUGAACUUUGAUAACCCUGUGUACAGGAAAACUACGGAAGAGGAAGAUGAAGAUGAAAUCCAUAUUGGGAGAACAGCGCAGAUUGGACAUGUAUACCCAGCACGUGUAGCAUUAAGUCUUGAAGACGAUGGGCUGCCAUGAGGACUGUAUACCUACACCACCUCCU